GUGAAGUACUAGCACGCACGACAGCCGGAGCGCCCGGUGCGCGGUGCGAAGAGUGAGAGACACAAGUGUGAGAAGAAAGAGGGAAGAAGAAAAGAAGGAGGACAGAGGACCUUGCAGCCCUCUGUACUCAUGGACCACAAGGAUAUUUAACCAUUUGCCCGGGGAGCGCACAGACACCGCAGUCCAUGCCUCUGCCUUGCCAGGUCAUUGAUGGGAAAUCAACUGGAUCGGAUCACCCACCUCAACUACAGCGAGCUGCCCACGGGGGAUCCGUCCGGGCUGGAGAAGGACGAGCUUCGGGUCGGCGUCGCCUACUUCUUCUCUGACGAAGAGGAGGAGGUGGACGACCGCACUCCGUCCGACUGCGGCUUCACCAAGGACCACAGCCCGGCCGAGGAGGGACCCUUCUCGGUCAGCGAGGUGGAGUACUCAGCUUUCUGCUCCCAGGAAUGCAUCUUUUCCAAGCUGCAGGAAAACGAGGACUUGAAUGUGUACGCGGCCAAAACUUUGCUGACUAUGUGCAAACCGGGGGACCUGCUCGAACUGGUGGCCACGGCGCAAGCCCCCCACUGGGCCAUAUACGAGCAGGAAGACCAGGUCAUUCACCUGCACAAGGGUGAGAUCCGCAAGGACAGCCUGCUUGAGAUCAGCAGUGGGCGCCACGGGAGGAUAGUGAACAAUCGGUACCGGUACCGGCCGCUUCCCCCUGACCUAGUAAUGCAGAACGCAGUGGGACACCUGGGCCUGAGCAGCGAGGAGAUAUGCUGGACCAACUCGGAAAGUUUCGCAGCUUGGUGUCGCUUUGGGAAACGGGAGUUCAAAGCUGGGGGAGAGGUGCACUCCGCGGAGCAGCAGUAUUUCCUCAAAGUGCAUCUGUCCGGCAGUGGGGUGCACACUCUGGUCUUUCGCAGCCUGGAGGACAUGAUCCGGGAGAGGAGGCGAGUGGACGCCAGUGGAAUUCUCAAAGAGCUGUCUUUAGUUAACGGGGGCAAGGAGUGAUCAGGGAUUCUGUUUGAUACCCCCCCUCCCCCCUUUACCAUUUCUCCAACACCCCCUCCCGGUUGCGCACGGACGCACAAGCAACGGCACACACAAGCACACAGACAGACGCAAACACAUGCAAGGACCUGUUGGUUUGGACUGUCUGUUUGUUACGGAUGGACCCGGGGCUGCGUCUGGACUACAGGCGCUCUGUGGAAUUUGCAUUAAAUGUGCAUUAGUGUUGAAAACUGCGAGAGAGCGGCCAUAUAAACAGACAACGCCCCUUCAUAUAAGAAUUCGUGCUGAGUGGGACACACGAUUUCUGCUAAACCCAUUGCCCCGAACACUGAAAGUCACCUUUUACAGACCGCACAUUGCGCACACGGUUCGGUUUCUGUUUAAUUUCUCGGGAUAAUGGAAUUGGCCCCCUCUCGGCGCAAAGGGCGCCUGCUGCGGCAGAACAGACGGUGAGAGAUGGGGAGGGGGGUGAAAGAUAGGAUCUGGGAUGGCUAUGGAAAAGUCUCCCUUCUAUUUUUGUACUGUUAGCUUUAAGACCGGGACUGACCAUAACACAGAUCCACUAAUUCAUAGACCCCUGACAGUCCCAGAUGGCUACGCAGUUGCCUAAACAAAGCCUUUUGGCUUGAACGAGCUCCCCUUUUGCCAUAUCAAGAAGAGUAUUGUCAUUUUCACAAUGCUGUCAUCCUGCUCCACAGCACUGGAUGUAUGUGUACAAUUGUAUUCAUAUAAUGAUUUCAAUUUGAGUCCCUUAUUUUUGUAUUUAAGUUUAGUGGAUAUAACCCUGAUCUCUGAUUUUUGGUUGAAAUAAAUGGAGGUUGAAAUAUGAAAAUAA